AUGUCCAAUAGAUACACGCUGCAUUUACAAAAUACGGUGCUGGCAGCCGAGCCAGCCUCCGGAAGGUCUGGGACACAACUGCCGGAUUUCGGUGACAUAUACACUUCAUACGCUCAGCGUAGCAAUCUCCAAGAUGGUACGGCUACUACUCCACAGAAUGGAUCUCAAGACCUGUUGGACUCUAAUCUGAACCAGGUGGGGGACAAUUCGCCGCCAGUGAGGAAGAGCUCCCAGAGAAUGAAUCCUACAAGAGCCCAGGCGGUAUUUCAAGCCAUGAACGAACGUUCAGGAAACGCCCUGCCUCAUACUCCCCAACGGAACGAUUCACCGGGGCUGAGCGACUCUUUCGACUUCACCCAGCCUAUUGGCCAGACAGGUCUUCAUUCGUCGUCGUUGAACGUCUUGCUUGACACCCCAUCCUCAGAAAGCCAGUACCGCCAAUUGGUCCUGACUCCUCCAGUUAUAGAGACAAAUUACAGACACCACGGACGACACGUGGAGAGCCAGGAGAACUUGGACGAAGACACGAGCAAUGUUGACGUGCUGUUGCGCAGCGAAAGCGUCGACAAUUGGGCCGAAAAAGGAGGCGCAGAAAGAACAAUCUCUUCCUCGUCCAGCGGAUACGAUUACAAAGUUAUCCGUCGUACAGUCAAGGACUUUGAGUUUGGAAAAGACAUUGGCGAAGGCUCUUACUCCACUGUUGUUUUGGCCACAGAUAAGCUCACCUCCAAGAAAUAUGCUGUGAAAAUACUAGACAAGCGUCACAUCAUCAAGGAAAAGAAGGUCAAGUAUGUCAACAUCGAAAAGCAUGCUCUCAAUCGUCUCUCUGGUUGUCCCGGUGUGAUCUCGUUGUUCUUCACGUUUCAAGAUAAGCAUUCAUUGUACUUUGUUCUCGAUUUUGCAGCCAAUGGAGAGCUUCUUGGUCUCAUCAAGCAAUAUGGCACUCUCAAUGAAGAAUGUACCCGCUACUUCGGUGCCCAAAUGCUUGACGCUAUCAAAUUCAUGCACGACAACGGUGUCAUUCACAGAGACAUAAAGCCUGAAAAUGUGCUUUUGGAUGAAAAUUAUAGAAUCCAAAUAACAGACUUUGGCACAGCUAAGCUCCUUGAGCGCAAGAAAAAUGGUGAUACAGGAGAAGAGGAGGACUAUCCGGUGGAUGUACGAGCGAAAUCGUUCGUGGGAACAGCAGAAUAUGUGUCUCCCGAGCUUCUUGAAAGCAAGUACUGCGGAAAACCCGGUGAUAUCUGGGCUCUCGGAUGUAUUUUGUACCAGCUCAUUGCAGGCAAACCACCUUUCAAGGCUACGAACGAAUAUCUCACCUUUCAGAAGAUUACGAAGUUGCAAUAUGCUUUCAGUGCGGGUUUCCCCUUGGUUCUCAGAGACUUGAUCAAGCAGGUUCUUGUACUCCAGCCCUCGAGAAGAGCAACUAUCAACCAAAUUCAGAAACACCACUUCUUUCAUGAAAUUGACUUCGAGGACACAGAUGCCAUUUGGAACUCACCAGUGCCCGAGUUAGGUCCAUACAAGAUGACUGCCAAAUCUAUGAUGAAGAUGCCUCCUGCUCCGAAAGCAGCAGCGAAGAAGAUUAUUCGCAAGCCUGGAAAGAAGAAAGCUGUUUCACAGACAAACUCCCCACAACAACCCGAGAAACCUGGCCAGAAACGUGUCACCAGUGAUGGGAAUUCGAAGAAUUACAGCGCUGCAAGUGUAGCAGCCUAUGUCUUCCACAAGCAGGAUGAAGAUGAAGCUCCACAAAAUAGGUCGAAUCCCUCUGCAAGUGCAACAGCAAGGAAGCCAUCGGCCCCAGAGUAUAUUCCAGGAACAAACAUUUUGCGUCCGGUUAUCAAUUCACGGGCUAACUUUUCAAGGAGCAGCGUCAGUCAAAAUUCAAGCUCUUUUAGUACUGCUAGCACGCCGACGGAAAGAAGAGAUUCCAAACCAGCCGAGAUUCCUCCAAUUUCGAGUGUCGAGCUUGCUUGGAAGGACUACCUUACCGAUCCAGAUGAGAGAGUCUUACAUGUUGGCCAGGCUAUAGUGUGCAAACAGCCCACGGAUUACUUUGAUAAGAAGCAUAAGGGGUUAAUCCACAAUGCGCCAUUGAAAUAUGUGAGUCAACUACAAGCUGCUGCGAAGGUAGGAGGCAAUGACUCGAUGCUCACAAGAGUUGCUCAAGGUAACAAAGGCGGCUUGAGAUCGGCACCAGAUGCCGCAAACUAUGUGGCUAACGAGAAGGAUGCAAUUGUUGACUUCAGUCCGGAGGAGGAGCCUGACCCCAAGAUUACCAGCAUCCCUGAGGACGAGGACCUGCCAUCAUCGCCCGUGGACGGAAAGGAGAAGGAGGAUCACAGCAAUGGAUCAGGCAAGUCUGCUUCUAAGUUCGGUAAAAAGUUUUUGAAGAAGUUCUUGAAUCAUUCUGAAAAGAACGAGGAUGGCAAUUCAGACGCUGCUUCCACAAAAUCCGGUGGCAGCGGUGGCAAUGGAAGGAGCCGCAGUUCAAGCUUCUCGUUGGAGAGGGCUAGAAACUGUACUUUAGUAGCCACCACUCAUGGCAGAUUCUUGAUCUUCAUUAAAGAAGGUAACGCAGAGCCAAAGUUGAUCAACGAGAUAUUCCUUAACUUCCCCUUCAUUCAGAUUAAGGAGGUCGUCACAAAUCACACCGCAAAGUUCGGUAAGAUCAUUCCAGUGACAGGUAUUUUUGCUGUACAGGCAAUUGAGUCUACAUUUGUUUUUGAAGUUGACAAGUAUGAGGUUGAUAUCUGGACUGUGGCACUUGCCAGGUCCAAGCUCGGUCAGUUCGACAGAGAAAGAGAGAGAAAUCGCUCUGCAUCAACGGUUAGCCAAUCGCCUAAACUCUUGGAUGCUCCAUCCAUCAAAUCGACCCCACCUGUGCCAAAAGAACAGAAAGUUGAUCCAGCUCCCGCGCCUCCCUCGUCGGCUGCUCCCCCUGUGCCCCAUCCAAUCUCCACAAGAAAAGUCAGCAAUGAGACGGGCCCGGAACUGCCCAAGUCACAGCAAAAUCACAGCAAGGAACCAGGUCUGCCGAAGCAAACGCUUGAUCCUAGAGGCCAUCUGAUGUUCAGAAGCAGAGCAAAGCAGUCAAAGAGCAUGAAGAGGAAACCUCCACCACCUCUCCCAAAGGGCAACGUUGGCCACACAGGCUUAGCUAGGGAUCCAGCGAGUCCUGACCACGAUACACUUCACGCAGCACUUCUAGCAGUCAACAACAACCCGGUUGCGAAGCACGAAGAGCGUCGCUCUAGCUUCUCAAAAGCCAACCCCACUAGCCCCACGCAGAACAUUACUUACAGGUACCAAUCGCCUUCCAAUGGGAAGGGCCGGAUUACUGCAAUGAACUCGAAGCUUCUUAACAGAACUCGAGACAAGCAGUAG